CUCUGUUGCAGAAGCCACUUAGCUGCAGGAGCAGAGACGGCAGGCCGUCGGCUAAUAAUUGCAUGCUUUAAACGGCAUGAGAAGCUCUCGAGAUUGUAUUAUUGUCUUCUGCAACGCCACCAAAGUUCAAACUCUUUAGCGUUUCGAGGCCAUCAUGUUGUCUUGCUACGCCUUUUCCCUGCCUUGGUAUGCCUACAACGUGGAAGAAUUACGGCCGUUCAUUUUGUUCCAAAAUGGACGCUACUGGGUAUGGCCUCUUAGCUUGGUUGCCUUUCUGUGGUAGAAGGUCGUGACUUUGACCUCGUGAACUGAUGGCCUUCUGCGAUGUCUUCUUCUCCCAACCAUCGUUACAAAAAGAACCGUCGAUCGACUAAACCAUUUCGACAGCCUCGUCGCUGAAGAAGGAAUUCAAAUCUUGGGUUUUCGGUACUGACUUGCAGACCCUACGUUCUCACCGCUUCUGCAGUGACUGUUGGCUGUACCCGUCUUGUUUGGAGACUGAUCACCGCUUACCAACGAAACUUUUGCAAAAGCUCUACCAUGUCCGAUCUUGCAAAUAGCCACCACUUCCUUGUGAACUCCAAUUCUGACAAUUCGUCCUUUCCCCACGACAUGGCCGACUGGACAACGCUUGACGAUGGGCUCAGCGUGGAAGUGUCAAAAAGAGAUCUUCCCGUAGAUACUACACCAUUUUAUCGCCAAGAUCCCUCCCAACUUUUCCCAUCUACGCUUAACGUCGACGAUUCUUACCCGUCUUCACUAAAUAUCGAGGACCCUGUGCUUAACGGUGUUUCUCCUGUUCCAAGAUUUCAACCGGACCAAAAAAGCUGUUUUGGGCAUAAUUACGUACCUGGAUUUUCGAGUCUUCAAUCGACAUCAGCAGCAAACAAUAUACACCAAAGCUACAAGAGCAAAGUUGUCCCGGCGAGCUCACUUUUAGGAGCCAUGGAGGGUCCGACUCCAUUUCCUCCGUCAGAGUCGAGUUGGACAAUGCAGGAUUCAGAAACGAGCUCUGUGUAUCAUCGAAAUACGGCGAGCUCAAUCACUUUCUGUGGUCCAACUAAUCCACGGGAACAUUCCUUUUUGGAUGUGACAAGUCACUUUGACCAAAUUAUAUCAAACUCAUCGCAGCAAGAAUUUGCGAACCCUUGGUGUGGUCCUCGCCCGGGGGUUAAAUACUCCGCUAGUCAAUCAUCAGCGGCUUCGUUGACUUCGUCGAAGGGCGUGCGUAAGGAGCUAAAGCAGUGCCGACAUUGUGGCAAAUUGCUUGCAAACGCUGAGGGUCUACGACGUCAUGAAGCUACGCAUAAUGACCACUACAAGGAUGGCUUCCGUCAUGAAUGCGAAGUUUGCGGCCACCGCGCCAAAAGUCCCAAGGAUAUUAAUCGACACAUGCUCAAGCAUAACAAAAGCCGAAUCGUAAUAUGUGUCUUCCCAGGAUGUGGACAAAAGUUACAAGACAGAAGAGACAAUGCCAAACGACACGUAGUAAAGCAGCACAAAGUACACAGGGCCAUUGCCAAUUAUUACAUUCAGACAAUACGAACAGAGACCGCUUGACCAGGUUUUCAUAACGAUGCCACAACGUAAGCAACAUGCGUCGAUACCAUUUAGCGCAUUUAGCCAUGGCAAGACUCUUAAGUCCAGCUCGACUGUCGAAGGUUCAGAUACAGCACCUAAAUGAAAAUGGUUCAGCGGCAAGGACGCCUGCCUUUUCAAUUGAUGCGUUUGAUGAAAAAGCCACCACACUUGACUUGGUAGAAGAUUUUCACAUGAAGACCGGACAAAAACUACAAUGAAACAAACACCAACGGUUGAGCGGGCGCACAAUCCAGCUUUGCUAAUGGGCGAGGUACUUGGAGAAGG